ACGUAACUAUAUAAAAAAGAAAACAUUAUAGGCUAUCUGAAUUCAAAUUCUUAAUUGGUAAUGACAGAAUUAAUCUUUAGGCUAUUUCAAAAUUAAUUAUAGUUAGCUUAUUUGAUUUUCAGUCUUCUUCAGCGGUCACUUUGCUGUCUGAGAUGUUUUACUCUGUAAUUCUAAUUUACAUUAAAGGCAAAUUUCAUGAAAAUUAGAUUUAAAAAAAACUCAAUUGUUGUCUAAAAUGCUUGGCGUAAUCGCAAUGACAGCAGUACACUGAAAGCAGACCGACAGACAUAAUUCAUAUAUAUAUGAGGAAAUAGUACACGUAAAUACCAAACGAAAGUUCUUCGGGGGAAAAAAGCAAAGUCGAAUUUCCAUGAUUUAAAUAUUUUUAUUAUAAUGAGUAAGCCUAUCUCACAAUAUAGAAAAAAAUACCAUGCAACAUUGAAAAAACAAAAAAACAAAACAAAACAAAAAAAACGAACAAAAGAAAAACAUUUUUUAAAAAAACAUUUCCCCCCGUCAAAAUCAUCACAGAGGACAGGAAACUUAAUUUGUCCAUAUAGUGAAAAUCACAACAUUUCAAAUGUUCUUACUGUAUAUGCUAUUCUUUUUUUUGUCCUAAUACAUGUUUAAAUAUAAUUGUGGGGGAGAAUGAGGAGACGAGUCUACCAGUCAUGUUUUACGAUGAGUAGACUUGCUUUCCUCGUGAGAGGACCAUUCGUUUUGGAGUCGUGUGAGUGAACCCUGCGCAUCGGGUUGUUUGGGGUUUGGUGUUAUUGAGAGCAACGUCAGCGAUGAGGCGCGGGGGGAAGGAGGGAAUGAGUGAAUGAGCCAAGAUAUUCACCCCAGUGUUUUAACAAUACAAGCUGUCCUGCGGAUACUCGGUGUUUCCAAGAAAACAUCACGUAGUGACCAUUUGCUUCUGAGACGAACACUCACCGGUGUAUCCACGAGCCUCGCGGCGCUAUUUGAACAGAAGCAGACUCUGGGGAAGAGACAGCUCUGUCUGCUCAUGAUCAGAUACAGGGGAUGCUGAGCAGCUACUAGUGCACUGGACUCAACGCCACAACGGGACGUAACUUCCUGCUGUAAUGUCGCAGUGGACAUAUUAUUGCGGUUUGGAAUGAUAUGGAGGUUUUCAGAACAUAAUAUUUUAUGAGAAAUGCUACAGGAGAAGGCCUCAGCUGUGGCUGAUGAAGGUAUGACCGUGGCCCAGUUAGGUGGGCGUCCUGAGCUUGCCAGUGAUUCCUCACAUUUGGGCCUGCCUACAACUCCCAGCAUUCCCCAGAACAAUGAGCCUGACCAGAACAUUGAAAACAUCAAAGUGGUUCUUCACGACAGGGAACUAUGGAAGAAGUUUCACGAGGCCGGAACCGAGAUGAUCAUCACCAAAGCAGGCAGGCGGAUGUUCCCCAGCUACAAAGUUAAAGUCACAGGAAUGAACCCCAAGACCAAAUACAUCCUAUUAACUGACAUCAUUCCAGCUGAUGACCAUCGGUACAAGUUCUGCGACAACAAGUGGAUGGUGGCAGGAAAAGCAGAGCCUGCCAUGCCUGGAAGACUCUACGUCCAUCCAGACUCUCCUGCAACAGGAGCACACUGGAUGAGACAGCUGGUCUCUUUUCAAAAGCUGAAGCUCACAAACAACCACCUUGAUCCUUUUGGGCAUAUCAUCUUGAACUCAAUGCACAAAUACCAGCCCAGGUUACACAUUGUGAAAGCUGAUGAGAACAAUGCCUUUGGCUCUAAGAACACAGCCUACUGUACUCAUGUCUUCCAUGAGACAGCUUUCAUCUCUGUUACAUCCUAUCAGAACCAUAAGAUCACCCAGUUAAAAAUUGAGAACAAUCCUUUUGCCAAAGGUUUCCGUGGCAGUGACGAGGGCGAUUUGCGUGUGUCUAGACUUCAAGGGAAAGAUUACCCUGUGAUUUCUAAGAACAUGGUCCGGCAGCGGCUUAUCUCAUCACAUGGCCAUCUGUCAGGAAAACUGGGUACAGGUGUGCUGAGUAGCCACCCACAGGUGGUUUCUCACUAUCAGUAUGACAGUGGCGUCCCCCUGCCGAAUUCCGAUUCCCAGGAAGCUCUCUCCCACUCCUUCCCAUCUAGCAGGGAAUCCAGCCUUCUUUACCACUGCUUCAAGCACAGAGAUAACACAAGGCAUUUGGACCUGGGAUGCAAACGACCCUAUAUUGACACAACAGCCUCUGCGGUUUCUGAGGAGCACUACUUUCGCUCCCCUCCUUCCUACGAUCCACCUCUGCUGUCCCAUCCAUACUGCAGCGAGGCUUUAGGUUCUAGAGAGGCAUGCAUGUAUGGAGGAAUGGAGGGAGAAGCAGGGGGUGCAGUGGGUACCGAUGACCUCCCGGCCCCGUCACUGAACUGCAAUAUGUGGGCGUCAGUGCAGCCGUAUCCUCGCUACGGCAUGCAAACUGUGGAGUCUAUGCAAUACCAGCCCUUCACUGCCCACUUCAACAGCACAGCCUCCGCGGUUCCCCACCACUCAUCGUCCAUGCAGCGUCCACAUCCAGCACCUCCCGAACUAGUCACGUUUACCACACAGCGGGUGUUGCCACAGACGGCAUCUUCAGCAUCCUCCUCCCCCUCCGGGCCUGCCCCCCGUGACAGAGCACAUUCCUCGCUGUUUCAUAGGAAGCCUGGAUCGCCAUUACGUUCACAAAGGGAUUUCACAGGCUAUCCGAACCAUAGCCCUACUUCGACACGAGAACCAGCCUAUCAGUACCAAACAGGGCUGAGCAGUGUUGGGCCUCACUGGACUGACAGUUAAAGAGCCACCAUCUACAACUAUAUUCCUCUUCAGCUUAGAGAAACAAACUCUCUCUGAACAACAACUGCAAUGAGAUUAUUUUUACAGCCAUGAUGCUAAAUUGUAAAGCAAAGCCAUAAAUCUAUUUAGCCUCAUAGUAUAGAAAGCCCACAAUUUGUGGCACUGUAUAUUUAUUUGAAUUUGAGAGAGUUGCAGUUCAUGCGCAGGUGGUGAAGCCAAGCACAAACAACCUACUUAAUGCACUGUUGUUGGCAUUAAAGAGAUAGUUCAUCCAAAAAUGAAAAUUCUCACUCUCAUGUCGUUCCAAAGCUGUUCUUCAGUGGAACACAAAAGAAGAUAUUUUUUAAAAAAUGGGUCAGCUGGGUCCAUAUACUGUAGCGAAAGUCAAUGGGCGUCCAUUGGAUCCCAUUGAAUUGCACAGAACAUGAGAUUAUUUUUCAAAAAUUUUUUUUUUUUUAAAAGAAGAAAGAGUCAUAUAAGUUUGGAAUGAGUUGAGGGAGAGUAAAUAAUAGGGGCUUUCGCACCAGAGGAACCAUUUCAUAGUUCCUAGAACUAUUGGCAGAAGUACCCAGAUUUUGCCAUGUAGGAACUAGGGACGAUUUUAGUUCUAGGAACUCCUUUUGGGGGAACUAAAUUAGCUCCUAUUUAAGAGUAGGGUCUAACCAGCACUAUAGGAACUACCAGUGACGUAAGUGUAUGUUGAUUGGCCAAACGAACACGAAACACCGGCACCCGCCAUUUUUAAAAAAAGUCGUGUACACACACAGUUUAUAGCCUAUAUAUUUACUCCACAAACUAACUCUAUAAACAUGGAAAACAAUGAUAGAUGAUAGAUGAGGGGACCAAGUGAAACACGAUUGUAUUUCUGCUCAGCCAGUGACACUGGACAUCAAUCACACGGCAAACGCUAAUGUUUUUUCAUAUACUGUCUUCUUUCUUUGUAUAACAGUUCUAUCUAGAUAUUAGACAGGCUGUUAAAGAAAUCAUAAAAACUUAUGAAGAUGGAGAAUGUGAGCGCUGUGUGCUCAGGCUGUGGCGUUGUCAGCGCAGUCAAAAUAAAAGUCACAACAACAAGCGCAGAUUACAUCACUUCAUAGUUUCUACUGGUAGUGCGAAUGCAACCAGGAAAACGGCCCUAGGGGAACUAUUAGUUCUCAGGGAACCACCCUGGUGGCUAGUUCCUAGAACUAACUGGUGCAAAAGCCCCUAAUGACAGAAGUUUCAUUUUUGGGUGAACUGUCCCUUUAAGAAGAACCUUUUCAGUGCUGAAUUUUUGUAUAAAGCACAAAAUGUGUAUGUGCCAACUGAAUUUUGCUACACUUGGGAGUUUUUUUUGUAUUGGGUGCAAAAAGUCAGUGGAUUAUAUUGAAACGUUUAGUUGUUAGUUAACCUAAACAGACUUGGUUAUUGAAGCUGCCUUUUUCCUCUUGAAAUGUUAGUGUGUAAAACCUGUGCCAAGUCCAAAGAUUGGUUGGAGUUAUUUGCUGGGUGUUAUUAAGAGAUCCUUAUUAUUUCCUAAUAAUGCAAUAAAGUUUUAAACAAAAAAAAAAAA